AUGGCAGAUACCGAAGUCGUAGCCGCGGCCGCAGAGUUACAGCCGGGACAGAGCAAGUCUCUCGCGAAGCAGGUCGCGCAGCCAGACUCCGCGGAUGAAAUCCACAAAGAAUGGGAAACUCACACCUCGGGCCAGAUUGUCGUCGAGCGCUUGACCAAGAAUGUCAACGAGGACCAUUUAUUCGAAAUUUUCGGCCAGUACGGCGAAAUUGACGAUCUAGAUCUCCCCCUCAACAGGCAGACCGGCGCCAAUCGUGGCACAGCCUACAUUCUCUACGUAGACGAGGCCGGCGCCCAGAGUGCUAUCACCCACAUGCACGAAGCGCAGCUCGACGGCGCUCUCAUCAACGUGUCGAUUGUUCUCCCCCGGCGAAAGCUCUCACCAUCUCCUCCACUGGCCCGCCGUGGCGCAAACAUCGGGCCCACCCGUGGUCCUCCGGCAAACUUCAGGUCAGGACCUCCUGGCGGCCCUGCCGGCGGUCGUGGCUGGAGAUCGCCUGCCGCGCCCAGCGGCCCCACUCGCUACGGCCCUCGCUCGGACACGUACCGCCCACGAUCCAUGUCGCGCUCCCGAUCGCCCGCACCCGCCGGCGGCGGCCGUAGGUACCGAUCUCGAUCGUCGUCCUAUUCGUCUCGAUCCCGCUCGCGCACACCGCCUCCGGGCCGUGGCGGCCGAGGCGCCGGCAGGGGCAGCCGUGCUUACGGCGGGCGUGCGGAGGACUAUGACUAUGGUGCCAGGGACAGGCGGAGAAGUCGGAGCUAUGAUAGCUAUGAGAGCUACGACCGGCGCAGCAGAAGCCCCAGCCGCAGCCGGGAUCGGAGAUAA